UGUACAUACAUUAGGUACCUAGAUAGCUCUCUAUAUCGAUUUGCUUUGUCCCAAAUACAACUACAAAGUCGUAAACGCUUUUAUCAAAGUGACAAUUUUCUCUACUUAACAUUACCCAGAGAAGAAUUCAUACAUCACACAAAAUGGCUUCAGGCCAGUCCAUUUCUACCGUGUACGUGCGGAACCUUGAGGAGCGCGUCAAGCCCGAGGCCCUCAAGGAGGUGCUGACGACCGUGUUCUCGGAGUACGGAAAUAUCAUCGAGAUCGUCGCGAAGCGGAACCUUAAAGCUAAGGGUCAAGCGUUCAUCGUCUAUGACCGGCCCGAGUCGGCUCUCCAGGCUGUCGAAGAGGUGCAGGGCUUCGAGCUCUUCGAGAAACCGAUGCAGGUUGCGCUCGCGCGCACGCGUAGCGAUGCUACGGUCAAGAAGACGGGGAAUAAAGAGGAGUUUGAGCUUCAUCAGCGGAGGAGGUUGGCUGAGAAGGAUAAGAAAAAGGCCGCCGAAGCCGCCGAAGAGCAAAAGCGCCUCAAGCGCCCCGGCGCCCAGCCCCCUCCAGGCGAAGCAGCGCGCCCGGCCAAGGCAGCGCGCGGGCUCAAGCCGACCGGCCCAUCUGCCGGCCCCAACGCCGUCGUUCCGGACGAGUACCUACCUCCGAACAAGAUCCUGUUCGUGCAGAACCUACCGGACGACUACCACGACAUCGAGGCGCUCACGGGCAUCUUCGGCCGCUUCGAGGGCUUCCGCGAAGUCCGUCUGGUCCCCGGCCGCAAGGGCAUCGCGUUUAUCGAAUACGAGGCGGAGGCGGGUGCGAUCACGGCGAAGGAGAAUACUGCGGGUAUGGCGCUUGGCGAGAAGCUUAUCAAAGUCACGUACCAGAGACAGUAGUAAGUCGGGGUUGGUGGAUGGGGAAGGUUUGUAUGAUAAGCGCAUAUUUAAUACCCUUUUGCAUUCGAUAUGGAUGCUGGUAGUUCGUAGGAAAGUCGAGAUAGUAAGCCGGUUUAGCAUGCCUUGCACAUCGAGAAUUAGACGAUUCUUGUUCACUUAAAUACAAUACGUAU